AUGGCUGCUACCACCAAAGCUUUCUCGUCAACCCUAAAGUCCUUAUCGCGGCAAGGUGACCUCCUGCCCUCUACAGAACAAGCAAAUGCCUCCGAAGAAGCUGAUCUAGCCGCCUCGACUCGCAUGGUCUUUGAACCUCAGAAGACGGGAAGCAAAGAGAAUGUCCGUGAAAAGAGAGUCAUAUCAUUACAGAAUCUGCCCUCGAUAGGAAUCUGA